UCAGCAAUUUGUAUCUGGCAACCCUGGCUCUCACUACACGAACUGUAAUCAUGUCGUCCGUCUGCCGCUCAGGUUCCCUAGCACAAGUAAUUUUAAAGAGAUGGCUUCCAUUGUCACUGGGCAUCCCAUCACAGAUCCACACAGGGUGCAUCAUGGAAGCUGCCAGAAAAGGGACUCGAGCAAAGGCUGAUGCCAAGAAGAGAGCAGCAAAAAAGGAGGUGCAAGUAAAACGAGAGUUUAUUCCUCCAAAGAAGAGGCUAGAAAUGGAACUAAGUGGUGGUGCAUCUCCAAGACAUGUUGAUGGUGAUAUGAAGGACCCCAUUGACAACGUGUGGUUUGCAAGGUACUACAGAUGGCAGACAUUCAGUGUGAGAGAUGCUAUAACAAUGCAUCGAGAGACACAUCACGAGACACAAAUUGGGCUCCCAGAUGCAUACAUAAAUGCAUAUAUUGAGCUUAAUAUGUCUACAGACAAAAAGAACCGUUAUGUUGACAAUUUCUUCAGCGUAGUUCAACUGCCACACGAGUUUGAGAGCGAACAGCAGCGAACAGUCCUGGCCAUAUCUCGAAAUAAGAAAGUGAUUGAAAAAGCUUGGGAGAUGGGAGUGACAUAUGCAGCUGGUGUGGAAAUUAUUAAACAAGUGCAGAAUGGUGAGGUAAGCUUGCAGGAUUAUCAGCACUUUAUUGCUGAAAUAGACACACUGCCAGAGCUGGUAGCUAUACGUGGACUAAUGAGGAGGAGGUUCCCAAGUAUAAAAGAUGGCACUGCUUGCACUGAUAUUAUUCCCAUCAUUGAACGCUUUAUGAAAGGUGUUGAGUAUAGGACCGCUGUAAACAAAUAUCAUCCUGACUUUGCAACAAUAGAAGCUACUUUUGGCAGGCUAAGUAUGACAGAUGAGCAACUUGAAGAAAAUCUUGCAACUCUUCUUAGGGACAUUGAAAACCAUAAGUCUCUCAGAAAAUCUGGUCAACUUGUUACCUUGGUGCGUCUUUGUAGCUUACCAAGUUGUGAACAGUUUAGAAUUAAUCAUGAAACAUACAUUAAAGAAAAGGCUGAAAAUGUAAAAGUUGCAGCAGUAUCUUAAAAAAGGGCAUUAAAACUACAUAUUAAUAAAACAAUACAUUAUAGCUUGGUAAGCAUUUGAUCAUAUCCACAGAAAUUAAGCUUUAGGUGUGGAAAUCUGAAUAAUGUACUAUAUCUUGUAUAGUUCAAUCUUAUUUUCUGAACUUAUUCUCAUGAAGAGUUACAUUUACUACAAAGCAAUGUGUAUUACUGCAUAUGCCUUCCAAUGGUCCACAAUGUUUAUUUAACACUUUAUGUAUGUGUUUCCCUUUUGUGAGACAUUAUAAAUUAAACCUUA